AAAAAGACUGUCUGCUGUUGCUGAAUAAUAGUUUUAAAAUAAAUUGAAAGUUUAACUAUUUCCUACAAUCAGAUAAAAUGCAAAGUACAAUUAAUGACGAGCCUUUGAUAGCACUUAUAUCAGGGUAGUCCGUAAAGUAAAGGUUUACAUAAUAUAUUACAUAAUUAAUUAGUUAACUGUAAGGUAUUAACAUUUGUUGUCAUCAGUCUUCUCUCACGUGAGUCAUCUUCUAUUCGACUUAUCUACGUACAGCUGCUGUCUGCCUAGCUCUGCCGUGUGCCGUAUUUUUUAAUCCACCCAUUAAUUAUCUAAUCAUUAUUAAACUUAAUUUUUACUUGGGUGGACACACAAAAUGUACUGAAUAUUGAAAAUAAUUGUGAAGAUAGAUAUCAUAAGUAUAAGUAUAUCCAUAUGUGCGGCCAGAAAAUCUAUUAUUUUUACGCUUAUAUACACAACUCAGAACUAUUAUUAACUAAAAAUAUACAUAACCAACCGAAUUGAAAAAGUGCCAACUUUUUAUACAAGUUUUUACUGGUAGGAAGACAGUGUAAAGAUGUCUUGGAAGGUAGGGUUAUCAACUGUGAUAAUUGUUUUGGCCAUUGUGACGAGAGGAGGAUUGUGUAAAGGGGAUAAUUAUGAGGAUGAGGAUGUGGCGACGACGACAUCGUCGUCCAAUGUGACCUACAAGUAUGGAGAAAUGACCCUGUUUGCGGAUAAGGUGACGCGUCAACCCCUGGGAAAUGUGGUCUGUAUCGUGCACCCGUCCAAUUACUUGAUGACUGGAAAUUUGACUCGCUACAAGUUGGAGAACCAUACGGACAUAAAUCCCUGCGAUAUGCCAGGACCCCCGAAACCAGUUAGAAAAGAGAAAACGCUUCUGUUAAUGAAUGUCCAGCCAAAUUGUAGUCUGAUAAAUUACCUGGAUUUUGCAGAGGAACAAAAUGCUUCCGGUCUGCUGCUUAUAGCUGAAAAACUCCCAGUUAUCUUAAAUAAUGAAACGCAUUCGGAAAAAAUAGAAAUUUUAGCCUAUCUGUACUCUGAGUCGGUUUCGAAAAUAAAGGACUUGAUAAUCAAUAAACCAUACGUCGAACUUAAUGAUAUUACAGCAGACGACGGUUUCGAAUGGAGUACGGUCAUCUUGUGGGUAUUGGCGUGUUUCUGUGUGGCUGUUGGAUCACUUGCUGCACCUUAUUACGAACCUCAAAAGUCGAGCAACACACACCAGCAAAUCUUGGAUGGAGAAUCGAAUGAGGCAAUCGUCCAACCUGAAAGCGCUCUCCAAGUCUAUUUCAACGUUAAAGUAGUUCUUGUCAUGGUAGUCUUCAUUUCAACAACGUUAAUGCUGCUCUACUUCUUUUUCGAAUACUUGGUCUACUUUUUCAUGUUUGUAUUCUGCGUCGCUUCGGGAAGAGCAUUAUUCGAAGUCUUGGUCCAACUCCUAAAUUUAUGUCAAAUUAAUGACCAAAUUCCAAGAAUCAAGGGGAUUGGAAUUCACAAAAUCCUCUUGACUGGAAUAUGCAUUGCUCUCCCGUUGACUUGGUUCUUCCUCCGACACACGGCUUACAUUUGGAUAUUGGAAGAUCUUCUAGGCGUUUGCUUUUGUAUUCAUCUCAUUCAAACCAUGAAAAUACCCAACUUGAAGAUUUGUACGGUUUUACUCUCAUUGCUGUUUAUUUAUGACAUUUUUUUUGUAUUCAUUACGCCGUAUUUGACUCCGAAUGGAAAAAGUAUCAUGGUCGAAGUUGCGACUGGUGCUGGAUCAGGAGAAAGGUUGCCUCUGCUUCUACAAAUUCCACGAUUACGAAUCGUCUCGCCAUGUUAUGACAAGGGUUUCUCACUUCUUGGAUUUGGUGACAUCAUCUUGCCUGGAUUCUUGGUUGGAUUUGCAAAUGCGUAUGACAUUGCAAAACGAGAAAAAUAUCGGCCAUAUUUCAUCACUGCCAUGCUGGGUUACGCUAUCGGAUUAAGUAUUGCUUUUGUGGCUUUAUACCUGACCAGAACUGGACAACCUGCCCUGCUCUACAUUGUCCCUGCCGUUUUAAUCCCACUUUUCAUCGUGGGUGCUAUUAGAAAACAAUUUCGCGAUAUUUGGUACGGCAUUGUGAGAAAUUGAUGAAAAUCAUAAUAUAUAAUCACACAAAGAUUUAUAAUUUACUAGUUUAGUCGGUAGUAGUAUUAUCGUCUUGUGAUUAGAGACAGUAGCAAGAAAAAACGCAUAUUAGUCGUAGGUGUGGCUCCUGUCCGUGACUGAUUGAAUUAAUACAUUACAUAAUAUCUAAUUAAUGAAAUGACCUAGUACUUGACGACGCAAAGAAACAAUUAACACAAGCAGCAAAUGAUUCACGUGGCUUUAACUAACGUGUAAAAUUAGCAGAUAAGUUAUACAUAAUUAUAAUUUUGUAAUAAUUUAUUUUAUGGAAUUAAAUAUCAUAAUAAUAAUUUUGUAUUAAAGCAUAAUAAAGUGGCUCCUAAAAAAGAAAA